AUGGGCAUUGCUCUGGGUGGUUUGGCGCUGGGAGUCCUGAUUGGUCCACCAUUUGGAGGUCUCAUGUACGAGUUCGUCGGGAAGACUGCGCCCUUCCUCAUGUUGUCGGCACUUGCUCUUGGUGAUGGACUGUUGCAGCUGAUGAUCUUGCAACCUGGAGUAGUACGUCAGGAGACUGAGCCGCCAUCCCUCCGGGCAUUGGUCACUGAUCCUUACAUUAUUGUUGCUGCUGGUGCCAUAACAUUUGCGAAUGUGGGUAUAGCAAUGUUAGAGCCAAGCCUGCCCAUAUGGAUGGCGGACACUAUGGAAGCGCGCCGCUGGCAACAAGGGGUAGCUUUCUUGCCUGCUAGCAUUUGUUAUCUGAUUGGUACAAACCUUUUCGGACCACUCGGUCACAAAAUGGGACGUUGGUUAGCUGCUUGCUCUGGACUUGUUAUCAUUGGUAUCUGCCUAAUAUUGAUCCCAAUGGCGCGCAAAUUAGAACACCUGAUCAUACCCAACGCUGGACUCGGCUUCGCCAUCGGCAUGGUGGAUUCAUCUAUGAUGCCCGAACUAGGGUUCUUAGUAGAUAUUCGACAUGCUGCAGUCUAUGGAUCCGUUUAUGCCAUCGGUGAUACUGCAUUUUGUCUCGGCUAUGCUGUCGGACCCGCUUUUUCUGGUGCUCUGGUAAAUAGUAUCGGCUUUGAAUGGAUGCUGGUUAUAAUUGCGAUCCUGAACUUUGGGUAUGCACCAUUCCUGCUGCUGCUCAGAUCGCCACCCGCCAGAGAUGAGAAACAGAGCCUGAUAAUAAGCGACAAAUCAUCAGUUAGAUACGUGAGUUAUCAGAACGAGGAGGACGAAUAA